AUGGGGAGAUGCCCCAGAAUCCAAGAGAAAUGUGAAUACAGAGAAAGGGAUGUGUGUACGAAGAACAAAAAAUGCCCGGACAAGAUGAAGUGCUGUGUCUUCAACUGUGGAAAAAAAUGUUUAGACCUCCGACAAGACAUAUGCAGUUUGCCGAAAAAUCCUGGUCCCUGCAUGGCUUUUUUUCGUCGUUGGUGGUAUGAUAAGGAAAAUGGUACCUGUUCCAUCUUCAUCUAUGGUGGCUGCCAAGGAAACAAUAACAACUUCCAAACCAAAGACCUGUGUCAGAACAUGUGCGCCAAAAAACGUGAGUCCUGA